AUGCUAGGGGAGAAAGAGGGCAAAAUCUUAAUGAGGGAGGUUAGGAAGACAGAUCAAUCUCUCAGGGACCUUUUAUAUGUGUCUAACUUUGUCUCUGUGUACUACUAUACUGAUGGGAAUUGGGAUAAGGCAGGAAUUGAAGGGACGUUUGUGAUGUAUAGCAGGGAAUGCUACCCUCUGGUUGGAAUACAUGUUUUUAAUAGGAAAGAUCUGAAAGACUUUUCCCUUUACUUAUCAAAGGAGCUAUCCUUCGGGAUAAAAGGAAAUCUUAUGACAAUAACCGAACAAGAGGAAAACAGAAUCCAUGGCCUUUGGUUCCACAACGAUGUCCAUCCCAAGGCGAUUCUGGAGUGUCUAGAAAGUUCUCUGUAA